AAUAGGACCGGUAGCGGGAAGGUGGUUCAUCGGUGCGAAUGGGCUGUUUAUCUACUUCCCAACCACACGCCAUUAAUAACUGCCAUUGGAUCGAAAUUAGACUCAAGGCAACGCCCACUCAUUUGCCAACUCACGUGCUCCGCCCCCACCCCCAUCAGCAUUUUUCAUCGUCAUAAACAUUUCAGUACCCUUAUAAUUAAUUAUUAUAUUUAUAACCCAUCCCCAGUCCGGAAACACCAGCGAUCCUCAGAUCUUCGUUCCACCUCUCAGAACUUUUGUACCCUCUCUCGCUGUGUCUGUCGGAGGCUUACUCUUUGAAGGAUGAAGGUGACGGUUGUUACACGUAGCGGCAGAGAACUAGUAAAGGGUGGCCUUGACCUCGAUGAUUCCGCUACUGUUGCUGAUCUUCAGGAGGCAAUCCAUAAGCGAACCAAGAGAUACUAUCCUUCUCGACAAAGACUCACCCUCCUUCUCCCACCUGGAUCCGAGGAGAAGCCUACCAUUCUUCACUACAAGAAGAGUCUCAAAGAGUACAUUGGUGAGAGCACAAAUGAGUUGACUGUAGCGUUCAAGGACCUAGGUCCACAGGUUGCCUACAGCACACUUUUCUUCUGGGAAUACUUGGGGCCUCUUAUUCUUUAUCCUCUUUUCUACUUCUUCAAUGUGUAUCAAUUUUUCGGCUAUAAAGGCAAGCGUGUCAUCCACCCUGUUCAGACAUAUGCAUUAUACUACUGGUGUUUCCACUACUUCAAGCGUAUCAUGGAAACAUUCUUCGUGCACCGUUUCAGCCAUGCCACUUCCCCACUUUCAAAUGUCUUCCGUAAUUGUGCUUAUUACUGGAGCUUUGGCUCCUAUAUUGCUUAUUAUGUCAAUCACCCACUUUACACGCCUGUUAAUGAUCUCCAAGUGAAGAUUGGCUUUGGUAUCGGGUUGGCUUGUCAAUUGGCAAACUUCUAUUGCCAUAUUUUGUUGAGAAAGCUUCGUCCUGCUGAUGGUAGUGGAGGAUAUCAAAUCCCACGUGGCUUCCUCUUCAAUAUCGUUACAUGUGCCAAUUACACCACAGAAAUUUACCAGUGGCUGGGAUUCAACAUUGCAACGCAAACUGUAGCUGGCUAUGUUUUCAUGGUUGUUGCAGCUGCCAUUAUGACUAACUGGGCACUUGCAAAGCACAGACGAUUGAGGAAGCUAUUUGAUGGAAAGGACGGGAGACCCAAGUAUCCUCGAAGAUGGGUGAUAUUGCCCCCAUUCCUGUAAGUGAUUGGCAGGCCAGAAGUGAUGCUCAAGCAAUGAGAUAAUGAGUUUGGUCGGAUGUGCUAAUGGUUGUGCGCAGUCAGUUCAGAUUAAAUUGAUCCAAAAGAUGGAUCAUAUUUUCACCUUUGCUCAUUUUUGUGUCAAGCUUCAAUUGAAAUGUGGUACUGUUCCUUUCAUUUCUUUCCUUAGAACCAUCUUUGGUUGCAGUUAACCUCUGAAUGGUCGGUGCUACUUUUGCUGUCAAUGUCAUUAGCACCACUUUUCAAUCAUUAUAUGUACUUUCAUGUUUAUCUUUUCUAGAAUUUUGAUCGUAUUUCAUAUUUCUCCUGCUUAUCGUUUUAAA